AUGCUGGACGGCUUGUCCGACGAGGAGCCGGCGGGGAAAGCGUCUGCAACUGCGGCAAUUCCUGCUCUUCGGUGGCGCAUGAAGAAGCCUGCCGCGUGCGGCCUAGACCCAGACCCUUCUGCGGCGGACAUCUCUUCGGCAGAGGACAUAGCGCACGUGAAGAUCUGCUCGGACCCAAGCACGUGUGCUCGCUGCUUGUACCUGCGAAAUCGUGAGCACUGGAGCGACGUGGCUGCUCUCACUUCGGAUGGCCAGCCAAUGGGAACGUGGCUAAUGCCCAUGCUGGGCAAACAUGGCAAGUGGGGUCUCGGAUGCUUUGUUUGCCGCAAGAAAGGGCUUGUCUCUGCUUGGGCUGAAGGUCGCGUGCAGACUUUGUCGCUGGGUAAUGUACGCCGGCAUGGCCAGUCUUUACAACACUGCGAGGCUUCCGAAGAAGGUGGCUAUGACAACCUUGCGUCUGGGAAGACAAGGAAGCUGGCACCUCCAACUGAAACCUUCGCCAAAGUCUUGCAGCACAGGAAAGAAGGCAAGGCGCUGCGCAGCGGGCUGGACCAAAUGGGCGCCUGGAAGAUCACCAAAAUCCAGUACUGCCUCGCAGAAGCAGUGCGCGAGGAGGCCAGAGCGCAGCUCAGAAGAUCGCACUGCAUUGCUCUCAAAAUGGAUUCACGUGAAGGCAUGCUCCUGGUUCGCUUCACGGCCUGCGACGCAGACUUGAGCGUAGCAAAGGGUGUCCUAGGACACAAGCGCAUCCAGGAAAGAGAAACCUCCAGCGCGCUGGUGAGGUCUGUGCGUGACAUGGUGCGACACUUCUGCCUUGUGCGUGGAUGCCUCGAUGAGGGAUUGGCGGCUCACAUUUGCGACAAGGUGCAGAUCAUCUGCGCGGACAAAGCCUCCAACGAGCAGGUGGCUGGACGGAUGGCGCGCAGUGACACCAAUCCGCUGUUCAAGAAUGCGCACGUGGUGAACCACGAUUCGGCACACGCUAUGCAGAGGGUGUUGAAGAGGCCGUGGCAGGCCAUCGAGCCCAUCCAGUCAGUCAUCGACGAUUGGAUCACCGGGCCAGACAGCGUGACGCAAAUGAUCGAGCACAGCACCGUGCUGUCAUCUGUGUACCACACGUACUGUCAAAAGCUGGAAUCCUGCCCCAUCCACUCCAAGAGGAUCAAAGAUCUGCGGGCAGCCAAACACAGGUUCGCUAGCCUGCAGAAGCCCUUGGGUCGCUGUGUGUUGACGUGGGAUGCAGUCAUGUCUACUCUGCUGUGGGCGGCGGCGAACCGCACUGGAGCAGAACGUCAGCGCUGCGUGGCAUGCCUGUCAACGCUGACCGAGGAGCGCCUGAUCCUUAUGGCUAUGUGUGCGGACGUAGCCGACGAAAAUACACGAGCGCUUCGAUACGUAGAUUCGGAGGAUUGGGAUCCGGCCGAGUGGCCAAAGGAGCUGGGCAUGCUUAUGGAUCGAUUGCAUUUCCUCAUCAACAAGGGCGGAGUCCUGGACCAGGGCUACACUGCGUGCAUGUUGGACCUUCUCCGCGAGCAGCGGGGCUUUCUUGUGGAUGGGGCUGCUGUGACCCUCGGUGGGGAUGGUCGUGUCACGCCGGCCAUUCUGGUUUCCUGCUGUGACGUGUUUAAAGCCUACGUCAGUCUCGCCGUCCAGACGAUGCAACAAGAAUUCCCCUUGCAUGAUCUUUUGAGCUCCCUCGCGAUCUUUGACAUCAGACCUAGGAGAAAUUCAGGUGCGGGAAUGGACGACUUGGUAUGGACUGAGCGGCGCAAGGCGAAUCUUGCUCGUCUGGCCCAGGCGUGCAAUGUGAGCCCAGACAGCUUGCUAAGCCAGUACAUUGACCUUGAGCCCGUGGCACGCUUCCAUAUAGCUUCUGCUGAGGGCACAAGCUUUGAUGCGUGGCGUACAGCCUUGUUGCGAUGCCGGCAAGGCCGGAGAGAACUCAAGGCACGGCAUCCUGUUGAUGCCAUUUGGCCGGCUCUCAUUCUUUACGGAGCGUUUUCUGGCUUGUCGACAAGUGGCGUCGAGCAGGGCUUCGCUCUGCUCGAUCGGUUCCAGCCAGCUGAGCGCCGGCAUAUGCUGGAGAGCACCUGCGAGGACGAGGCCUAUCUCCUUCUGCAAGGAGACAUCCCUGAGAAAUCCUGCUGCGAGCGAGCACAGAAGAUCUGGAUGGAGAGCUUUGCCGCGCCGAGGCAGAGCAGCAACAAGCGCUUCGACAAGGGUGUGCCACGCGCGCCGGAUCCUCAUUCCGAGAAGUCCUUCAUCAAAAAGCGCCGCUUGCAGGUGGACGAGGGAGCGUCAGCUGUGGAUCCGGAGGAUGUGUUGCAGGCAGCGGCAAACCGCACAUUCCAGAGCCAGGCUGUGCUAGAUGAAGAAUCUUGGCAACGAGGCCAAAAAUAUACAAACAAGCUAAUGGCUUACUUGGACGGUGCUCUGUUGCAGUCAGAAGUGGACGAUGCUCUCGUCGAGGCCGCUGUGGCACUCAAGACGCACCAGGAACACUUGGAUGCAGGCCGCAAGCGGCGCGAGGCUGACAUUGUCAAGAGGCUGCGGCCUCAGCAUAUAGACGUGCAGAAGGCCACCUACUACGUGGAAGAUAAUGCGGAUCACUACGUGGUAGCAGAUCCCGGAAGUUCCGGAGAUGACGUGCUCCUAGCAGCGGUGCUGCAGGGUGGCAUUCUCUGUAGUGUGGACUAUGCCAAGUCCAAGGGCAAGUCCGGAGUUGCCUUCUGCUUCGAUGCUGCCGUGGCCGUGAAGCGCCAGUUUUACGUCUCGGAAGCAUUCCGUGCAGAAAAACCAGCCUUGGCUGCUGUCAUCUUUGGGGCAGUGGAACGUCGGAUUGCCAAGUGGACGCGAAUUCGAAAUCUAGGAGACUUUGUGGAUCGAACUCUUGCGAACCGCAGGCAGCAGCGCAAGUAUCAAUGUGUAGGCCUGUUCGCGGACAGUGAAGCAGCGCAGGUGGAGGGCGAGGCCAACAUGUUUGUCCACCAAUCUUUCCUGAAAUUCGUUUCCCGCCCUGCAGUCGCCAUGACAGGGGCACGAUGCUGA